AUGAUCGCGCGCAACCACGACUCGCAAACGACUCUCGCGGCGUCCGUCGACGGCCUUGACAAGGACAAGGCGGCCUCGCGCUCAAGCUCUCCGAGUGGCAAGGAUAUCGAGGCCAGUGGAGACAACGAGUCUUCUGCCGGCGCCUCCAACGUGACCGAUAUUGGCCCUCCUCCAGAUGGCGGCCUGGAAGCCUGGCUGGUCAUCCUCAGCGCUGCCCUAGUAACGCUCUGUCUUUUCGGCUUUGUCACUGGCUUUGGACAGAUGCAGAGCUACUACCUCUCUCACCAACUCAAGGGCUACCCGAAGUCCACUGUGGCCUGGAUCUCCACAAUCCAAGGGGCCCUCGUCUUCACCCCUGCCAUCAUUUGGGGUCGCAUCUUCGACGCCUACGGUGCUAGGCCACUGGUCGUCUCGGGCAGCGUCUUGUCUGUUCUUGCGCUCAUCGGCAUCGCCUUCUGCAAAGAGUUCUACCAGUUCUUCCUCGGUCACGCACUCUUCGGCUUUGCAGCAAGCAUCCUGUGGACACCGGCAUCGGCAAUCGCCGGGCACUGGUUCUCCCGCCACCGCAGCCUCGCCAUUGGUAUGAUUGUCAUGGGCACCGGCCUCGGAAGUGUGGUCUACCCCAUCCUCUUUGUCCAGCUUUUCAAGCGCUUCAGCUUCCGUAACACUGUCCUCAUUGUCGCGGCCAUCAAUGUCGCGCUCCUGACCCCAUCGUUCUUCUGGCUCAAGACCCGCCUCCCGCCCCGCCAGCCGGUCCCCUUCCGGAAACUCGGAGCGCCGUUCAAGGAGACACGGUUCGCCUUCUUUGCGCUGGGCUCCAUGGUCUUCAUGAUCAACUGGAUGUCGCCUAUGUUCGACGCUCCCAUCGUUUCUGCGGCCAACAACCUUCCUCAAAACAUUACCGACUAUGCUGUCGCCAUCUUGGCCUCGGGCUCGUUCCUGUCGCGCCCCGUUGUUGGCAUCCUCGCCGACACAUUUGGUGUCUGGAACGUUUUCGGCACCAUCUCGUUUGCGACAUCGGCUUGCAUGUUUGCCUUCUGGGUGGUGUCGCCGUUGCCAACCGCCGCUGUCAUUGUUGGCUUCUUUGCCUAUGGCUUUGGCAGCGGGGGCUGGAUUACACUCGUUGCGGCCGUCGUGGCCAACAUCAGCCCUGCUCAUGAGAUCGGACUUCGCGUCGGCCUCGUCUGGUCAAUCUGUGGCCCUAUGGUUCUUAUCGGUCCGGUCGUUUGUGGUGUCUUGAUUCAGGCCGACGGCGGCAAGUUUGGAUACGCAGGCAUCUUCUGCGGUGUCACCUUCUUCAUUGGAAGUGUGAUUGAGAUCGCGCCGCGCCUCAUUCAAUGUGCUCGCGGAAUGCUCGGAGACAAGUCGGUCGCUGGGGAGAAGAGCGACGCCUAG